AUGAAAUAUGAGUAUGGAGAGAUCAUCUAUAAUACCACUGAUGGAAUUGGAGGGUGCAUAACAGCCAGAUGUUCAACUAAUGGAACUAUAGACAGAAAUGUGUACCCAUGUGAAACAACUACCACAACACCCGCCACAACUUUCAAGUUUGACACAACUACACCAUCUGCUGUAAAUCUGUCCACCUCAGGUAGUUUUGAAUUUGUCUGUAUUUUUUACAUAAGGAAGAACACAUAUAACUUUAUAUCCUAAAUAUAAAAUAACUUUUUUUCUCAAUAAUGUGCAUGUUUAGACAUUUAUAACACACCACUACUUAUCUAAAUUCUUUUAGACAUUAUUUCCUAUUAAAUGUUUGUCACAAAAUCUUAUCAAUCUUUACCCAAAGUAAUGUUUAGUUUCCCUAAAUUGUCAUAAACGCCAUGUCCUCUUCAGUGGUUCUGUUUGUAAUAUCAAAUAAACACAUUAGAUAACAACUGCUCUUCUGUUUAUAAGUAAUUUUUUUUACAUUUAAUUAAUUCCUACAGAGCCAAUGUCACCAACCUCAGUAUCAUGCCUAGAAGAAGUCUGCAAAUGGUCAAUGUGGUACGAUGUCAGCUGCCCAACAUAUGGUCUAACGAACGGUGAUAAUGAAACAUUUGACAAGAUCAGAGAGAAUGGGCACUCGGUUUGUAAGGUUCCAUCCCAGGUGGAGUGUCGAGCAACGAAGUUCCCCAAUAUAUUAGUUGAGGACUUAGGUCAGAUCAUUCACUGCAAUAGAUCCAGUGGACUUUUGUGUUUUAACAAUGAGCAAUUCUCUCAGCUCUGCUUUAAUUAUGAAAUUCGUAUCUUAUGCUGUAGCUACGUGCCCUGUGAAGAGUCGACAAACACACCCACUUCUGCUCCUUUGACCUCUACACCAUCUUUGUCAGUGACAUCUACACCUCCAAAUACUAUGAUGAGUUCAACUGUGUCACCAAAAUAUUUUUCCAGCACAGUUUUGCAACAAACCCUAGAGUCAACUUCCACCAUAAGUAAUACAAAAUCAUGGACAACAAAUGAAAAUUCAAUAACAGAAAGCACAAAGGUCUCACAACACUCAUCCACUGCUGUGCCACAUACAACUGUGACAACUAAAUCUCCUGAAGAAACAUCUAGAUUGACAAGAACUACAGAAAACAUGGUCACAUCUAAAAAUGUAACAGAAAGGCAAAGUAGUACAGCAUCAACUCUUGAAAAAGAUCACACAACUGAAGUUACAACAGCAAAGUCCCCACAACACUCAUCCACUUCUGUGCCAUUUACCAUUUCUCCUAAAACACCAUGCAAACAGACAUGCACAUGGACUGGUUGGCAUGAUAAUUACUACCCCACUAGUGAGACUUCUGAUGGAGAUUUUGAGACACUUGAAAAUAUUGCAGCUGUUAAUAGUGAUAUUUGCAAAAUGCCAGAUAAUAUUGCAUGUAGAGCUGAAAGGUUCCCAGAUAUAGACUUUAGAGAUCUUGGACAAGUUGUUACCUGCAAUGUCACCUAUGGUCUUAUCUGCCAUAACAAAGAUCAAAGUAGUAACUUCCCCCUUUGUUAUAACUAUCAAGUAAAUUUUCUCUGUUGCUCUAUGAAGGACUGUGAAUCAUCUACCAUUUCUUCCCAUGCAACAACAGUUAUGGAGACAACCACAGUUCUUGCAAAAACAUCUCAAUUGACAAGAACUACAGAAAACAUGAUCACAUCUGAAAAUAUAACAGAGAGAGAGAGUAGUACAGCAUCAUCUCCUAAAGGAGAUCAGACAAGUGAAAUUACAACAACUAAAUUUAACACCAUGGAAACAUCUUCAACUCCUGGAGUUUCCAGGAUUACAUGUGAACCUAUAUGUCAAUGGUCACAGUGGUAUGAUGAAAGUUUUCCAGAUGAUGAAACGUAUGGGGACUAUGAAACAUAUGAAAAUAUCAGAAAUGCUGGGUAUAAUCUAUGUGAUGAGCCAUCAGAUAUCCAGUGUAGAAUUGUUAAUUUUCCAGAUAUUACUUUAGAUGAAUCACAGCAGACUGUACAUUGCAAUGUUAGCAAUGGACUUGUUUGUAUGAAUGAGGAACAGACUGGCUCAUUCCCAUUUUGCUACAACUAUGAAAUUAGAGUUCUCUGCUGUUCUGGGUGUGCAUCUACAACACUAUUCUCUUCAACACCUACAUAUCCAACCAGCAAAAGUGCAAGUGAGGUUACAUCCACAAAGGAAGUAGUCUCAAUAUUUACUACAGGAAUUCAUAAGUUAACAACUGAAACACUCAAAGAAGAAGAGACUACCUUUCAGCCGAUUUCUGUAAAGACGACUGCUUCAAGUGCAUCAGCCACAACACCAGAAGAUGUGCAGUUCCAUACACCAUUAUCACUAAAAACAACAAUGGUUGAAACAGCAGCAAAUGAAUAUACAGGUACACAUGAAAGUACUUCUGGACUUAGCACAGCUUUCAAAAAAUCAACAACAAAGCCUGAAGAAGAAGAAACUACUUCUCAGAAACCGAUUACCCAAAAGACAACAAGGUUUACAACAGCCUCUGGUGAAAUAACAUCUACCAGAAAGUCUUCAACUGCAUCUGGUGAAGUGACAUCUGCUUAUAAAACAUCCAGACUGAGCACAGCUUUCCAAAAAUCAACAACAAAGCCUGAGGAAGAAGAAUCUACUUCUCUGAAACCAAUUACCUACAAGACAACAAGGUUUACAACAGCCUCUGGUGAAAUAAGUUCUACAAGAAAAUCUUCAACUGCAUCUGGUGAACUGACAUCUGCUUACAAAACAUCCAGACUGAGCACAGCUUUCCAAAAAUCAACAGGAAAGCCUGAAGAAGAAGGAACUACUUCUCAGAAACCAAUUACCCAAAAAACAACAAAGUUUUCAACAUCCGCUGGUGAAGUAAGUUCUACAAGAAAAUCUUCAACUGCAUCUGGUGAAGUGACAUCUGCUUACAAAACAUCCAGACUGAGCACAGCUUUCCAAAAAUCAUCCACAAAACCAGAAGAAGAAGGAACUACUUCUCAGAAACCAAUUACCCAAAAAACAACAAAGUUUUCAACAUCCGCUGGUGAAGUAAGUUCUACAAGAAAAUCUUCAACUGCAUCUGGUGAAGUGACAUCUGCUUACAAAACUUCUAGACAAAGCACAGCUUUCCAAAAACCAACCACAACACAGGAAGAAGAAGAAACUACUUCUCAGAAACCAAUUACCCAAAAAACAACAAAGUUUUCAACAUCCACUGGUGAAGUAAGUUCUACAAGAAAGUCAUCAACUGCAUCUGGUGAAGUGACAUCUGCUUACAAAACAUCCAGACUGAGCACAGCUUUCCAAAAAUCAACAACAAAGCCUGAAGAAGAAGAAACUACUUCUCAGACACCAAUUACCCAAAAAACAACAAAGUUUUCAACAUCCGCUGGUGAAGUAAGUUCUACAAGAAAAUCUUCAACUGCAUCUGGUGAAGUAACAUCUGGUUACAAAACUUCUACACAGAGCACAGCUUUCAAAAAAUCAACCCCAACGCCAGAAGAAGAAACUACUUCUCAGAAACCAAUUACCCAAAAUACAACAAAGUUUUCAACAUCCACUGGUGAAGUAAGUUCUACAAGAAAAUCUUCAACUGCAUCUGGUGAAGUGACAUCUGCUUACAAAACAUCCAGACUGAGCACAGCUUUCCAAAAAUCAACAACAAAGCCUGAAGAAGAAGAAACUACUUCUCAGAAACCAAUUACCCAAAAAACAACAAAGUUUUCAACAUCCGCUGGUGAAUUAACUACUACCAGAAAGUCUUCAACUGCAUCUGGUGAAGUGACAUCUGCUUACAAAACAUCCAGACUGAGCACAGCUUUCCAAAAAUCAACAACAAAGCCUGAAGAAGAAGAAACUACUUCCCAGACACCAAUUACCCAAAAAACAACAAAGUUUUCAACAUCCGCUGGUGAAAUAACUUCUACAAGAAAAUCUUCAACUGCAUCUGGUGAAGUGACAUCUGCUUACAAAACUUCUAGACAAAGCACAGCUUUCCAAAAACCAACCACAACACAGGAAGAAGAAGAAACUACUUCUCAGAAACCAAUUACCCAAAAAACAACAAAGUUUUCAACAUCCACUGGUGAAGUAAGUUCUACAAGAAAGUCAUCAACUGCAUCUGGUGAAGUGACAUCUGCUUACAAAACAUCCAGACUGAGCACAGCUUUCCAAAAAUCAACCCCGACGCCAGAAGAAGAAACUACUUCUCAGAAACCAAUUACCCAAAAAACAACAAAGUAUUCAACAUCCGCUGGUGAAGUAAGUUCUACAAAGGAAUCUUCAACUGCAACUGGUGAAGUGACAUCUGCUUACAAAACUUCUAGACAGAGCACAGUUUUUCAAAAAUCAACCACAACAACAGAAGAAGAAGGAGAAACUACUUCUCAGAAACCAAUUACCCAAAAAACAACAAAGUUUUCAACAUCUGCUGGUGAAGUAACUACUACCAGAAAGUCGUCAACUGCAUCUGGUGAAGUGACAUCUGCUUACAAAACAUCCAGACUGAGCACAGCUUUCCAAAAAUCAACCACAAGGCCAGAAGAAGAAGAAACAACUUCUCAGAAACCAGUUACCCAAAAAACAACAUUUUCAACAUCCCCUGGUGAAGUAAGUUCUACAAGAAAAUCUUCAACUGCAUCUGGUGAAGAGACAUCUGCUUACAAAACAUCGAGACUGAGCACAGCUUUCCAAAAAUCAACAACAAAGCCUGAGGAAGAAGAAACUACUUCUCAGAAACCAAUUACCCAAAAAACAACAAAGUUUUCAACAUCUGCUGGUGAAGUAACUACUACCAGAAAGUCGUCAACUGCAUCUGGUGAAGUGACAUCUGCUUACAAAACAUCCAGACUGAGCACAGCUUUCCAAAAAUCAACCACAAGGCCCGAAGAAGAAGAAACAACUUCUCAGAAACCAGUUACCCAAAAAACAACAACAUUUUCAACAUCCGCUGGUGAAGUAAGUUCUACAAGAAAAUCUUCAACUGCAUCUGGUGAAGUGACAUCUGCUUACAAAACUUCUAGACAGAGCACAGCUUUCCAAAAACCAACCACAACACAGGAAGAAGAAGAAACUACUUCUCAGAAACCAAUUACCCAAAAAACAACAAAGUUUUCAAUAUCCACUGGUGAAGUAAGUUCUACAAGAAAGUCAUCAACUGCAUCUGGUGAAGUGACAUCUGCUUACAAAACAUCCAGACUGAGCACAGCUUUCCAAAAAUCAACAACAAAGCCCGAAGAAGAAGAAACUACUUCUCAGACACCAAUUACCCAAAAAACAACAAAGUUUUCAACAUCCGCUGGUGAAGUAAGUUCUACAAGAAAAUCUUCAACUGCAUCUGGUGAAGUAACAUCUGGUUACAAAACUUCUACACAGAGCACAGCUUUCAAAAAAUCAACCCCAACGCCAGAAGAAGAAACUACUUCUCAGAAACCAAUUACCCAAAAUACAACAAAGUUUUCAACAUCCGCUGGUGAAGUAAGUUCUACAAGAAAAUCUUCAACUGCAUCUGGUGAAGUAACAUCUGGUUACAAAACUUCUACACAGAGCACAGCUUUCAAAAAAUCAACCCCAACGCCAGAAGAAGAAACUACUUCUCAGAAACCAAUUACCCAAAAUACAACAAAGUAUUCAACAUCCGCUGGUGAAGUAAGUUCUACAAGAAAAUCUUCAACUGCAUCUGGUGAAGUGACAUCUGCUUACAAAACAUCCAGACUGAGCACAGCUUUCCAAAAAUCAACAACAAAGCCUGAAGAAGAAGAAACUACUUCUCAGAAACCAAUUACCCAAAAAACAACAAAGUUUUCAACAUCCGCUGGUGAAGUAACUACUACCAGAAAGUCUUCAACUGCAUCUGGUGAAGUGACAUCUGCUUACAAAACAUCCAGACUGAGCACAGCUUUCCAAAAAUCAACCACAAAGCCUGAAGAAGAAGAAACUACUUCUCAGACACCAAUUACCCAAAAAACAACAAAGUUUUCAACAUCCGCUGGUGAAAUAACUUCUACAAGAAAAUCUUCAACUGCAUCUGGUGAAGUAACAUCUGGUUACAAAACUUCUAGACAGAGCACAUCUUUCAAAAAAUCAACCCCGACGCCAGAAGAAGAAACUACUUCUCAGAAACCAAUUACCCAAAAAACAACAAAGUAUUCAACAUCCGCUGGUGAACUAAGUUCUACAAAGGAAUCUUCAACUGCAUCUGGUGAAGUGACAUCUGCUUACAAAACUUCUAGACAGAGCACAGUUUUUCAAAAAUCAACCACACACAAAACUACUUCUCAGAAGUUUUCAACAGAAGAAAGUUCUACAAGAAAAUCUUCAAACUACUUCUCAGAAACCAAUUACCCAAAAAACAACAAAGUUUUCAACAUCUGCUGGUGAAGUAACUACUACCAGAAAGUCGUCAACUGCAUCUGGUGAAGUGACAUCUGCUUACAAAACUUCUAGACAAAGUACAGCUUUCCAAAAAUCAACCACAAAGCAUGAAGAAGAAGAAACUACUUCUCAGACACCAAUUACCCAAAAAACAACAAAGUUUUCAACAUCCGCUAGUGAAAUAACUUCUACAAGAAAAUCUUCAACUGCAUCUGGUGAAGAGACAUCUGCUUACAAAACAUCGAGACUGAGCACAGCUUUCCAAAAAUCAACAACAAAGCCUGAGGAAGAAGAAACUACUUCUCAGAAACCAGCAACUCAAAAAACAACACAGUUUACAACAUCCGCUGGUGAAAUAACUUCUACAAGAAAAUCUUCACUGCAUCUGAUGAAGUUACAUCUGCUUACAAAACUUCUAGACAAAGUACAGCUUUCAAAAAAUCAACCACAAUGCCAGAAGAAGAAGAAACGACUUCUCAGAACCAAUUACCCAAAAAACAACAAAGUAUUCAACAUCAACUGGUGAAUUAACUUCCACAAGAAAAUCUUCAACUGCAUCUGGUGAAGUGACAUCUGCUUAUAAAACAUCUAGACAGAGUACAGCUUUCCAAAAAUCACCCACAGCACCAGAAGAAGAAGAAGAAGAAACUACUUCUCAGAAACCAACUACCCAAAAAACAACAAAGUAUUCAACAGCCGCUGGUGAAGUAACUUCCACAAGAAAAUCUUCAACUGCAUCUGGUGAAGAGACAUCUGCUUACAAAACAUCGAGACUGAGCACAGCUUUCCAAAAAUCAACAACAACACCAGAAGAAGAAGAAGAAACUACUUCUCAGAAACCAAUUACCCAAAAAACAACAAAGUUUUCAACAUCCGCUGGUGAAGUAACUUCCACAAGAAAAUCUUCAACUGCAUCUGGUGAAGAGACAUCUGCUUACAAAACAUCGAGACUGAGCACAGCUUUCCAAAAAUCAACAACAAAGCCUGAGGAAGAAGAAACUACUUCUCAGAAACCAGCUACUCAAAAAACAACACAGUUUACAACAUCCGCUGGUGAAAUAACUUCUACAAACAAAUCUUCAACUGCAUCUGGUGAUGAGACAUCUGCUUACAAAACAUCGAGACUGAGCACAGCUUUCCAAAAAUCAACAACAACACCAGAAGAAGAAGAAGAAACUACUUCUCAGAAACCAAUUACCCAAAAAACAACAAAGUUUUCAACAUCCGCUGGUGAAGUAACUUCCACAAGAAAUUCUUCAACUGCAUCUGGUGAAGAGACAUCUGCUUACAAAACAUCGAGACUGAGCACAGCUUUCCAAAAAUCAACAACAAAGCCUGAGGAAGAAGAAACUACUUCUCAGAAACCAGCUACUCAAAAAACAACACAGUUUACAACAUCCGCUGGUGAAAUAACUUCUACAAGAAAAUCUUCAACUGCAUCUGGUGAAGUGACAUCUGCUUACAAAACUUCUAGACAAAGUACAGCUUUCAAAAAAUCAACCACAAUGCCAGAAGAAGAAGAAACUACUUCUCAGAAACCAAUUACCCAAAAAACAACAAAGUAUUCAACAUCAACUAGUGAAUUAACUUCCACAAGAAAAUCUUCAACUGCAUCUGGUGAAGUGACAUCUGCUUACAAAACAUCUAGACAGAGCACAGCUUUCCAAAAAUCAACCACAACACCAGAAGAAGAAGUAACCACUACUCAGAAACCAAUUACCCAAAAAACAACAAAGUUCACAACAGCCUCUGGUGAAGUAACUUCUACCAGAAAAUCUUCAACUGCAUCUGGUGAAGUGACAUCUGCUUACAAAACAUCUAGACAGAGCACAGCUUUCCAAAAAUCAACAACAACACCAGAAGAAGAAGAAAAAACUACUUCUCAGAAACCAACUACCCAAAAAACAACAAAGUUAUCAACAUCCGCUGGUGAAGAAAGUUCUACAAGAAAAUCUUCAACUGCAUCUGGGGAAGUGACAUCUGCUUACAAAACUUCUAGACAGAGCACAGCUUUCCAAAAAUCAACCACAACACCAGAAGAAGAAGAAACUACUUCUCAGAAACCAAUUACCCAAAAAACAACAAAGUUAUCAACAUCCGCUGGUGAAGAAAGUUCCACAAGAAAAUCUUCAACUGCAUCUGGUGAAGAGACAUCUGCUUACAAAACUUCUAGACAAAGCACAGCUUUCCAAAAAUCAACAACAAAGCCUGAGGAAGAAGAAACUACUUCUCAGAAACCAGUUACUCAAAAAACAACACAGUUUACAACAUCCGCUGGUGAAAUAACAUCUACAAGAAAAUCUUUAACUGCAUCUGGUGGAGUUACAUCUGCUUACAAAACUUCUAGACAAAGUACAGCUUUCCAAAAAUCAACCACAACGCCAGAAGAAGAGGAAGAAGAAACUACUUCUCAGAAACCAAUUACCCCAAAAACAACAAAGUAUUCAACAUCCACUGGUGAAUUAACUUCCACAAGAAAAUCUUCAACUGCAUCUGGUGAAGUGACAUCUGCUUACAAAACUUCUAGACAGAGCACAGCUUUCCAAAAAUCAACCACAACGCCAGAAGAAGAGGAAGAAGAAACUACUUCUCAGAAACCAAUUACCCAAAAAACAACAAGGUUUUCAACAUCUGCUGGUGAAGUACAGCUUUCCAAAAAUCCACAAGAAGAAACUACUUCUCAGAAACCAACUGCAUCUGGUGUACAAGAAAAUCUUUAACUGCAUCUGGUGGAGACAUCUGCUUACAAAACUUCUAGACAAAGUACAACUUUCCAAAAAUCAACCACAACACCAGAAGAAGAAGAAGAAACUACUUCUCAGAAACCAAUUACCCCAAAAACAACAAAGUAUUCAACAUCCACUGGUGAAUUAACUUCCACAAGAAAAUCUUCAACUGCAUCUGGUGAAGUGACAUCUGCUUACAAAACUUCUAGACAAAGUACAGCUUUCCAAAAAUCAACCACAACACCAGAAGAAGAAGAAGAAACUACUUCUCAGAAACCAAUUACCCAAAAAACAACAAAGUUUUCAACAUCUGCUGGUGAAGUAACUUCCACAAGAAAAUCUUCAACUGCAUCUGGUGAAGUGACAUCUGCUUACAAAACUUCUAGACAGAGCACAGCUUUCCAAAAAUCAACCACAACACCAGAAGAAGAAGAAGAAACUACUACUCAGAAACCAAUUACCCAAAAAACAACAAAGUUCACAACAGCCUAUGGUGAAAUAAUUUCUACCAGAAAGUCUUCAACUGCAUCUGAUGAAGUGACAUCUGCUUACAAAACAUCGACACUGAGCACAGCUUUCCAAAAAUCAACAACAAAGCCUGAGGAAGAAGAAACUACUUCUCAGAAACCAGUUACUCAAAAAACAACAAAGUUUACAACAUCCACGGGUGAAGUAAUUUCUACCAGAAAGUCUUCAACUGUGUCUGGUGAAGUGACAUCUGCUUAUAAAACUUCCAAACAGAGCACAGCUUUCCAAAAAUCAACCACAACACCAGAAGAAGAAGAAGAAGCUACUACUCAGAAACCAAUUACCCAAAAAACAACUAAGUAUUCAACAUCUUCUGGUGAAGUAACUUCCACAAGAAAAUCUUCAACUGCAUCUGGUGAAGAGACAUCUGCUUACAAAACUUCUAGACAAAGCACAGCUUUCCAAAAAUCAACAACAAAGCCUGAGGAAGAAGAAACUACUUCUCAGAAACCAGUUACUCAAAAAACAACAAAGUUUACAACAUCCGCUGGUGAAAUAACUUCUACAAGAAAAUCUUCAACUGCAUCUGGUGAAGUUACAUCUGCUUACAAAACUUCUAGACAAAGUACAGCUUUCCAAAAAUCAACCACAACACCAGAAGAAGAAGAAGAAGCUACUACUCAGAAACAAGUUACUCAAAAAACAACACAGUUUACAACAUCCGCUGGUGAAGAAACUUCCACAAGAAAAUCUUCAACUGCAUCUGGUGAAGAGACAUCUGCUUACAAAACUUCCAGACAGAGCACAGCUUUCCAAAAAUCAACCACAACGCCAGAAGAAGAAGAAGAAACUACUUCUCAGAAACCAGUUACCCCAAAAACAACAAAUUAUUCAACAUCCACUGGUGAAUUAACUUCCACAAGAAAAUCUUCAACUGCAUCUGGUGAAGUGACAUCUGCUUACAAAACAUCUAGACAGAGCACAGCUUUCCAAAAACCAACCACAACACCAGAAGAAAAAGAAACUUCUUCUCAGAAACCAAUUACCCAAAAAACAACAAAGUUUUCAACAUCCGCUGGUGAAGUGAGUUCUACAAGAAAAUCUUCAACUGCAUCUGGUGAAGUGACAUCUGCUUACAAAACAUCUAGACCUAGCACAGCUUUCCAAUAUUCAACAACAAAGCCUGAAGAAGAAACUACUUCUCAGAAACCAAUUACCCCCAAAACCACAAAGUAUUCAACAUCCACUGGUGAAGUAACAUCCACAAGAAAAUCUUCAACUGCAUCUGGUGAAGUUACAUCUGCUUACAAAACUUCCAGACAGAGCACAGAUUUCCAAAAAUCAACCACAAUUCCAGAAGAAGAAGGAACUACUUCUCAGAAACCGAUUUCCCAAAAAACAACAAAGUUUUCAACAUCCGCUGGUGAAGUAACUUCUACCAGAAAAUCCUCAACUGCGUCUGGUGAAGUUACAUCUGCUUACAAAACUUCCAGACAGAGCACAGCUUUCCAAAAAUCCACCACAAUGCCAGAAGAAGAAGGAACUACUUCUCAGAAACCAAUUACCCAAAAAACAACAAAGUUUUCAACAUCCGCUGGUGAAAUUAGUUCUACAAGAAAAUCUUCAACUGCGUCUGGUGAAGUGACAUCUGCUUACAAAACUUCCAGACAGAGCACAGAUUUCCAAAAAUCAACCACAAUGCCAGAAGAAGAAGGAACUACUUCUCAGAAACCAAUUACCCAAAAAACAACAAAGUUUUCAACAUCCGCUGGUGAAGUAACUUCUACCAGAAAAUCCUCAACUGCGUCUGGUGAAGUUACAUCUGCUUACAAAACUUCCAGACAGAGCACAGCUUUCCAAAAAUCCACCACAAUGCCAGAAGAAGAAGGAACUACUUCUCAGAAACCAAUUACCCAAAAAACAACAAAGUUUUCAACAUCCGCUGGUGAAAUUAGUUCUACAAGAAAAUCUUCAACUGCGUCUGGUGAAGUGACAUCUGCUUACAAAACUUCCAGGCAGAGCACAGAUUUCCAAAAAUCAACGACAAUGCCAGAAGAAGAAGGAACUAAUUCUCAGAAACCAAUUACCCAAAAAACAACAAAGUUUUCAACAUCCGCUGGUGAAGUAACUUCUACCAGAAAAUCUUCAACUGCGUCUGGUGAAGUUACAUCUGCUUACAAAACUUCCAGACAGAGCACAGAUUUCCAAAAAUCAACCACAAUGCCAGAAGAAGGAACUACUUCUCAGAAACCAAUUACCCAAAAAACAACAACGUUUUCAACAUCCGCUGGUGAAGUAACUUCUGCCAGAAAAUCUUCAACUGCGUCUGGUGAAGUUACAUCUGCUUACAAAACUUCCAGACAGAGCACAGCUUUCCAAAAAUCCACCGCAAUGCCAGAAGAAGAAGGAACUACUUCUCAGAAACCAAUUACCCAAAAAACAACAAAGUUUUCAACAUCCGCUGGUGAAGUCAGUUCUACAAGAAAAUCUUCAACUGCAUCUGGUGAAGUGACAUCUGCUUACAAAACUUCCAGACAGAGCACAGAUUUCCAAAAAUCCACCACAAUGCCAGAAGAAGAAGGAACUACUUCUCAGAAACCAAUUACCCAAAAAUCAACAAAGUUUUCAACAUCCGCUGGUGAAGUAACUUCUACCAGAAAAUCUUCAUCUGCGUCUGGUGAAGUGACAUCUGCUUACAAAACUUCCAGACAGAGCACAGCUUUCCAAAAAUCCACUACAAUGCCAGAAGAAGAAGGAACUACUUCUCAGAAACCAAUUACCCAAAAAACAACCAUGUUUUCAACAACCGCUGGUGAAGUAAGUUCUACAAGAAAAUCAUCAACUGCAUCUGGUGAAGUGACAUCUGCAUACAGAACAUCUAAACCAAGUACAUCUAAGCAGAUAUCAACUACAAAGCAUGGUGAAGAAAAAUCUACAACCCAGAAACCGUUUUCAGUAAAAACCACUAAGGUUUCAACUGUAUCUGGUGAAGUAACCUCUACUAGAAGCUCUUCAAGUGAAUCUGGUAAAGUGACAUCUCCUUACAUGACAUCUAGACCAAGUACAAUUGCCCACACAUCAAUUACAAUUCAUGAAGAAAUCACAACUCAUAAGCCAGCCUCAGCAAAAUCCACAGUUCAACAAACAUUUACAACUGCCAAGUGUAUGUGCAACUUUAAUGGCAUUCUGGUUCCUCCUGGUAAGUACAACAGUGAAUAGACAGAGGUUUUUGAGCUAUGGAUAUUUUCAUAUGCUGUUCGACAUUAAGAAAUCAGAUUCCACUUGGGGGAUAAUUUGUAUAGUAUAAUAAUGAAUGCAACAGUGAGUAGGUAUUAACCUUGUUAAUGGACGAACAUGCAUACAUAUUCAUUAAACAGUGAACCGCGUUUGAGAUAUUUCUUUAACCUAACUAGUUUGUAUUAAAUUCUGGAUGUGAUCCGCCAACCCACCUAACAUUUAGUUCAUUAUUUCCUCAGAGUUUGACACAGUUUACAUCACUAACCAGACCAAAAAGCAACUUUUCUUCAUAAAGGAAAAGAAUGCAUUGUAACAAUUGGUUUAUAAUAAAGAAUGUUUUUAAAUGUGCACGGUAAUGGAUUUUCAGGAAAUGUAACUUCCAUGAUACUUUAACAUUCUAAAGGCAUCAUGUCAGUCUACAACAUUUUUAAAAGGACUAGAUGGGCCGAAUGGUUCUUAUCUGCCGUCACAUUCUAUGUUUCUAUGUUUCUAUGUAACAUCUGCUGACCUAUCCUUUGCCCAACCCUGACAUUUAAUACGUAACUUAUUUAUGUUGUAUAGAUUUUCAUUUAAAUAUUUUACUACUGUGUUUAAUAUAUAGCUGCCAUUUUUAUCCUACAGGCAAAGUGUUAUAUAACACAACUGAUAAUGCAGGCUGGUGUUUCUUUGCUCGAUGCAAUGAGACCUGUCAAGUGGAGAGAUAUAGUGAAGAAUGUAACAGUUUUACACAAAAAACCACCACAAGCAGCACUGAAAAAACUGUCACUACCAGAACAGCGACCACCACUUCCCAAAAGUCAAGCGUUACAACCUCACGUGGCAUGAGCACUGCAACAUCCCAGACAAAGCAUUCUGUUACAGCUCCUUUCUCGUCCAGCACCCCAACAUAUGAGUGCAGUGCACUGAUGCCACCUAGAAAGGUACUGACAUCAAACUCUAAAUAUAUUAGCAAAUUAUCAGAAAAGGCAAUAGAGCUUCUUUUUAUAGAGACUGAGAACAAAAAAGUCUAGAGUGGUAUUCAAUUGUUUCUAAGAAAUUGUUUAUCAUAAAAGAAAAGGCUUUACUUUUUUUGAUAUAUAUAUAUAUAUAUAUAUAGAUAUAUAUAUAUUAAUUACAUGCCAUUUUCCAGUGGAUUCCAUAGAAGGAUGGACAAUAUUCUAAAAUCCAAAAUAUUUAAUGUUUUUAAAUGGUCUAUUGACUUUAGUAAAAUUGUGAUGGAAUGCCAGAACCAUCACUGCCAGAACGUAGCUUAAUUAAUACUCUGAUUUACAGAGGUAGACUGUAUACCCAUAUACUGUAAGAGUAUUUUUAUUUAAGCCGAGAGAGGAGAGAAAAUGUUAAAAUUCCCUCUUUUUCACAGAUGAAUGAAACCUGGGCUAUAGACAAAUGUUCGAAUGCAACUUGUGUUGGUCAGAACAAUAUAGCAAUACAUAAGAUGCAAUGCCCAUCAGUUCAAAACAUUGUCUGCGCCAAUCGCUUCCAGCCAAGGAAAAUAUAUGAUGAGAGUGGCUGCUGCUAUCAAAAUCAAUGUGAAUGUGAGUCCUAAUAAAUGCCUUAAACAAUGUAGAGAUUUUAUAGAGAAUAUACAGAAAAGAUGCAUAAAUGUAUGUUUAUUCUGAGAAUCUAAUGUCAGCUCUCUGUAACGGUCUAGUUAGGCUUUCUUUUAUAAAUCCAGUGCCUUUGAGGUAAGUAAUUGGGCAUAAACAAAAACUAGAAAAUGUUAAUUUAACUUUCAGUAAAUAAGUGAAUUUCACUAUUAAUUUUAAUUCUACUAACAGUGCUUAUUUUGUAAAUCCAGGUCUGUAGCUAAUAUGUAACUAAUUGAACAAAAAUGUAAUUCUUAUUAAAUCACAUAAAUACCCUCCAUGCUUCCAUGGAGCUCAGACAAACUGUUCAUUUUCAUUGUUUUCCAUUUUCAGGUGUUUGUGGUGGUUGGGGAAACUCGCAUUAUAUCACUUUUGAUGGUACUUACUAUGAUUUCUCUGGACAAUGUACCUAUGUCCUUGUUCAGCAAAUCACACCACUAUUUGACCAUUUCCGGAUUUAUAUUGAUAACUUCAAUUGUGACCCCAAUGAUCCAAACUGUGUGAAGUCACUUCGGAUCAUGUACAAAAAUGAUACUGUCGUGCUGGAGUCCCGAGAGGUCAACAACAGACCGGAGAGCGAGGUAGCAAUUCUUUUCAAUGCUAUUAAUAAACAGUUUACAAUAUAAAUAAACAAUAGACAACAGCUUUUUAAAAGGAGUACUUCAAAUGUCUAUGCCUGAAAACAGGAUGACAUAUCAAACAAGGUGUUAGCUAACAAGAUCAGGCGAGCCCUGCGAUAAUUAAUAAUCAUCACUUAAUGUUUAAAAGGAACUAAAUAAGAAAAUCAAGUGAGUCUUUUACUACAAUUUAUUUUUUUUACAGUAAAAGGAUAACUUAGAAAUUAUAAUUUUAUAUAUCUUCUACUUGUGAAUUCAUGUAUAAAUUGCCCUUCUUCUUAGCAUGAUACCAAUGUUCCUUAGAUAAACCUGUAUAAGCUGUGCAAUUGUGAAAGAGUCAUUGAAGUCACAUGUUAUAAUAUUAGUUGAUUCUUUUAUUCAAAUAUAGCUACACUGUACAUUUAUACACAAUGUAUUGAUUUGGGUCUCAACCUAUUGCACAGAACAUUAAGACUCCAAGACAUUAUUGUAUAUUAACCUGCUACUUUUGCAUAAUUUCAGAUAUACUUCAACGAGGAGAGGGUGUACCCAGCAAUAAACAGAAAUGGCAUUAUUAUCUCUUACUCUGGUAUAUUUGUGAUUGUGGAGAUACCAGAGUUGUCCGCCUACAUCUCAUUUAAUGUCAUUAGUUUCACUAUUAGGUUGCCAUUCAACAAGUUUUCAGGAAAUACGGAAGGCCAUUGUGGUGAGAACUUAAUAUAUUUAAACAUUGUAGUUUAUCAAUGUCUGAUUAUUAAAUUAACAGAGAACAAGUUGUGUAUUUCAUUUUAUACUAAUGUUCUCUUUUCUUUCUAAAGGCAAGUGUUCCAAUAACCGUAUGGAUGAUUGCAUUCUGCCCAAUGGACAAAUAGCUCCAUCUUGUGCACAGAUGGCAGGAGAAUGGGGUGCACCAGACCAGGAUCCAUCUACAUGUAGUGCAACUUCCACCAUUUCCCCUUCUACUAGCAUCCAAACCACAUUCCCAUUUUCCACCAAGGCAUCCACAUAUUUCUCCACAUUGUUAUCUACCCUACCUCCAACAAUCGCAUCAUCAGCCAUUCCACUUACAGAACUGUCCACUUUAUCAUCUCCCUAUACUGUACCCACUACCACGACAGACGGGCCCUGCGAAACUCCAGAGCUCUGCUCUCUCAUCCUUAGCAGGUACUAACUAUUUUGUAAUUGCUUGCAUCAUUCUGAGUUAGAACCAUCUAAAAAGUAACACAUUUGGAACCAAGAUUGUAAAACAAGGGACAUUUUGACUACUCACGCUCCAGACGUACUACAUCCUUUUUAUAGCACUAGCUGAUUACUAUAUAUACUUCAGGUUUGCAGAAAUGCUAAUAAGGUUUCUGACUCAUAAGAUAAACAAUAGAACAGGUUCUAAAGGGUCUGUAGCUCUGAUGCCUCUGAAUUACUACCAGACAAAUAAUGUGAGGGGUGCUGAUACAUGUUGUGAGGCAGCUCUGAGAGUAAAUCUUCAUUUUCCUGCUUUUAUUAAAGAUGUAAUAUUAACAUGUAAAAAUGUAUUUAGUGUUAUUCAUUACAAUAUUGUCAGGAAUUCAAGGUGAAUUUAAAAUGUAAGGCUAAAAUAGCCAAUUUGGACCUACAUUUAAAAUUCACUUCUAAUUUACUAUGAGUUCUCAACAAUUCUCAGUUUAUUAAACAAUCCUGUUAUUUUUGGCAUAAAAAUAAUUUGAGCAGUUUUGCUUUUUCGCUAAAGUCUCUGUUGUUGUUUUUUUCACUAGCGUCUUCAAGCCUUGCCACUCAGCUGUGCCCCCCGAUCCAUUCUUCCAGUCGUGUGUGUAUGAUGGAUGUAACAAAACCGAGAGUGGAAUUCUCUGCUCCAGUUUACAGAGUUAUGCCAGAAUAUGUGCUACAGAAGGCAUCUGUAUAGAUUGGAGGAACAGUACUAAUGGCAUAUGCCGUAAGUUCACCAUUAUAUUACUAUGGUUUAUUACGAAUAUGUUAAGGAGAUCCUCCAGACAGACAGCCUCUAAAACUGCCUAAUGCAAGGCCACCAGUCUUUCAUUGACAAAUAUCAUUUUUUAGAUUAUUAUUAUUAGUUUAAUUUAUAAAGCACCAACAUUUUUCUUGUAAUGUACACAACAGUUGAUUGCUGAUAGACAUACUCUCUGCAUUAACCUUUAUAUUGCGUAUAGCAAAAUGAAAAUAAGGAGAUAAACAAGUUUAUUUGCACACUUUAUUUCAUUUGAUUAUAUUAAACUUUUUCUCAUUUCCCUCUGAAAACAGCCAAGAAUUGCCCUGAAGGCACAGUUUAUAAACCAUGUGCUGCUCCAACAGAACCUACCUGUAACUCCAAGUAAGUGAAUUCACUGAAUUCUGUUGUGUAUUUAAUAGGUACAUUUUUCUUAUAUCACUUCAUGUCUAAUAUGACUGUCAUUGUAGAUACAAUGAAAUGUUCACACAGAACAACAAGCAUGAUAUUGUGGAAGGAUGCUUUUGUCCUGAGGGUACCACCAAAUUCAACACAAUGUCGAGCAUAUGUGUCACCUCUUGUGGUAUGUUACCGUUGACUAAGUAUUUUAUAGUCAUGUACCUAUUUAAAGGGGAUUCAAAAUCCUUUUACCAGAUAAUAGCCGUGUGAUAAAUAAACUAUUAUUAAAAAUAACUAACCUUGAACAUGGGUAAGAACAGGUGCCUGGUAACCACAAAGUCUGUCGAAUGACCAGUGCUUUUUUUUUUUAGGUUGCACUGGCCCUGAUGGAAUGCCUAAAGAGGUAAUGUAAUGUGCUCUAUAUGAAGAUGAAAUGGGAACUCUACAAAAUGUAUGUGUCCACCUAGUAACGUUAAAUCUUUGCUUUGUUUCCAUUCUAGCCGGGAGAAGAAUGGGAAAGUAACUGUCAAACAUGUCAAUGUGAUAACCAGACAAUGAGUGUGCAGUGUACACCAAAAGUAUGUUCUUCACCUACUCCUAAUGUCUGCACAGAGGAAGGAUCCAUGCCAGUAUCUGUGCCCGACCUUGCCAACCCCUGCUGCAUGGUGACAGAAUGCAGUAAGUGCUUGACACGUUUAUUCCUGGCCUAUUGUUGUGGCUUACAUGAUAAAUGCCUAUGAGGCUUGGUGGUGGUCUGCCAGGGCUGGUUAGUAACUAAGCUACGGCUGAUAAUUAACACUUACCUUUCUACAGGGUGCAACCUCAGCCUGUGUAUAAGUGAGAAGCCUGUUUGUGCACCUGGCACUGAAGCUGUGUCACAUUAUAACGAAGGAGCCUGCUGCCCUGCCUACACAUGUGGUAUGUAUUGUAAUAAUUAUAUGUUUUAUCAUUUCAUUACAUGUUGGGGAGGCUGCUUGCUAUGUACUUAAUAGAACGUCUUACCCAAGUUCUAGGUUAACCUCUGAUGUGUUUCUGUCUUCACAGAGCCCAAACCUGUGUGUGUGUAUAAUGAAACCGAGUACCAGGUAACACAUCUAAUAUGUUGUGUCUUCUGUUGCAUGCAAAGAUAGAUAUAAAUGAAAUUGGUUUCCUUCAAUCCAAUGAGAAAUCUAACUGCCAGUUUGGAGUCUAAAAGUCUAGGGUUUGUUUGUUUUUGCCUUCUUUUGGAUCACAAGCAGCAGUAUCAAUAUGUAAAAAAACUGAAAAUAAUGAACCUGUCUUUUUUCAGUCGAUAUUACUACGUACUUGGUAAUCUAUAUCCUAUCAUUUUAUACAACGGUUCCCAUCUGCUUGUGAAUUCAUGUAUAUUUUGCCUUUCUUCUUAGCCUGGUGCUAUUGUUCCUUCAACUAAUGCGUGCGAGCAGUGUAACUGUGAAAUCACCAUGAACAAUCUUUCCAUCUCCUGCACGCCCCGUGUGUGUCAAAUAAAUUGCGCAGAGGUAAUGGUCUAAAUGAGCCACAGAUGAAGUGGACCCCACUGCGUGACUACUCUAAUGAUCUUCAUGGUCGAUGGUAGAAUCAUUAACUGUGAAAGGUCUAAUGGGUUCUUUCUUCCAGGGUAAUGUGUAUCAAGACAUGCCUGGAAAAUGCUGCGGAGAGUGUGUACAGACCCACUGUGUCAUGGACCUUCCAGAUAACUCUACUUAUCUGCUAGCGGUAAGCACAUUGCACACCAUUUUUAUAAAGAAAUGUUAAAAGUAAAGAGGAAAGAAAGAGAAAUAGAUAAAAAAUAUAAACUAUAAAAGAGGAAGGCGUGGUUAGAAAUAAGUCGAUAUUGAGGACUUGAGAUGGAGGAGUAUAAAUAAAGGAAAAGUGUUAGAAAGUGUGUGGAUGAGAAAAAAAGAGUACUAAAUAGAGAUACCUAGCAGUGGUGGGGUGAGUGGUGAAAAGGAGAGCAUAAAUAAAGAGCAAUGUAAAGAAUCGGGGGAAGAUGCACACAUGAACCUCUCAGGCUGAACCUUUUAGGCUGAGUGAAUAGAUAAUCAAACUAGUUAAUUAGAUAACGUGGAAUUACCAGGGAGAGUAUGGAGGUGUAUAGUAGCAUGACACUGAGAAAACUAGAUGUAAAUUUUAAAGUGGGCUAGCUACUAACUGAAGAAGUGAGUGAAUGACCAAACCAUUAACUAAGCAAAAGUCCAAAAUGUUUCUUUGUUUAAAUGAUGCCUGGUAGCCUUGUUGACGACUUGAUAUAAAUGAGUUAGUGGAUUGUAUAUUCAGCAUGGGAAAUAAUAACUAAACCAAGGUGGGCAGAUACUCGUAUGUCCGCUAUGGAUAAAUAACAAUUAAGGUGAGCAGUAUAGUUAGUGAUAUAUUCAGUGUGCUAGAUAAUUAGGUCAUUGCGUAUAGUGGCCCAUAUUUACAGUCAAUGAGAUCCAAAUGUCAACUAAUGACCAAAUGCCCCUAUAAUGACAUUUUAUUUUCUUCUCAGCCUGGAGAGAUUUGGUCACCUCCUGGUGAUAACUGCACACAUUACGAGUGUGUGAAGAAAAAUGACAAGUUGUUCCCUAUGGCAUCCAAAAUGUCCUGCCCCAAAAUCGACCUGGAUAAUUGUCUCAAUGUGAGUAUCUACCCAAAGAGUUGUUAGAUGUUCAAAGGUAGAUUUUGUGUGAGGCAAGAAUGUCCUUAAUCGCCAACCAUUCUGUGUUGGUGGCCAACUAGGUUGCAUGGUCAUUGUCCAUAGUUCAAUUUGCUUAUUUCCUGUACCUCUUGCAUAUGUAAUUAGUUAUGGUACAUUGGUGCACUGUGUAAGAUGCAUUGUUGACAUUUUAUUUUGGUGAAGAAAGAGAAUGGUUACUUGUAUCACCAAUGCACAGAUGGUUAUUAAACGCCUAUCCAUAUUUGCAAAAUGAAUGUCAAAAGUCAAGGAAGGUAAGUCAAACUAUGCAAAUUGCUCAAAGUUUUUAAAGUUAUUUUCUGUUACUUUAUUUCAGGGAACAAUUCAAAUGGACGACACUGGAUGCUGUCAGACCUGUAAGCAUUAUUAAACAUAAAUUUUGUUACAAUACUUUUAGUACAUUAGAAAAUCAAGAGUGUUGAGCUUUUUGGUCCAAUACCAGUUAAAAUGUGUUAAUAGGUAUUUGGGAAUUAAGUUAGGGAAUUAUUUCCCCAAUCAGCCUCUGUAAGAUUGUCACAGCAUUUCCACUAAAUAAUAUAUAUAAUAAUAAAAUAAUAAUAUAUUUUAUUAUUAUAUAUAUAAUAAUCCAGACAGUUUUUUCUGUUUAGUGCAGUCGUAUCUAUAUUGCCAUAAAUUACCCUUGAAAUAGUCCCUACGUCUGAUGAAUACCUCCUAAAUUACUCAGGCUUUCCACAACUCUAUGGCAUUGACCUCUGCUGAGUUUUCCGUCCUCCUGAACGCUCUGUUAACUUCCUCUAGUUUCCCCACUCCAAUCAGUCUUACAUGUUCUCUCAUUUCUUCAAAGGUGUCCAAAAACCCACAAAGUGUCAGAAGACAAAAACAGAAAGCAUCAUCCUUCGAGAUGGCUGUACGUCCCUUUCCCCAGUGACAAUGUCCUACUGCUCAGGCAGCUGUGACAGUUCCUCCAAGUAAGUGAAUUAACACAUCCCCAACAUUCUCUCAAUUCAGUGGGAGUUUUAUUUGCCUUGUCAGUGAUAUUGUAUUGGAAAAGUCUGUCUAACUGUGAUAUGAAUACAUCAUUACUAUAAAAUAACAACAUACUAAAUCAACCAAAAAGAAAGAUUUGGCAAGAAGGAAAUAAAAUAAAAAUAGCAUGGAAUAACAAAUGUAAUUUAAUAGCCAACUCAUACUAAGGUGGAACAGAUGUGUUGUUUGUCUCCUGUUUUAGUUAUUUAAGCACUGUUCGAGGUAAACCUAUUAAAUGAGGAAUUGUAGAGAAUUGACAAGUUUAUUAAAAGAGUUAGACCAGAAUAGCCAGGCUGAUAAAAUUCUGGGUUUUUGUUUUGAAUUUUUAUUUUUAGAUAUUUUAGCUUAACAUUCACUAUUAACUUGUCAGUAGUCCACAAGUCUAUAAUUGUGGAGAAACCCACACGUUCUUUACAUUUGGCUUCAUGCAAUCACUUACCCCAUCUUCUCUACAGAUAUUCGGUAACUGCACAAGCCAUGCUGCGCCAAUGUACGUGCUGCCAGGAAACUAAAACGGAAAAUGUGACCAUCGACUUAAGCUGUCCCGCUGGUGUAACCAGGAAAUAUUCCUUCAUAAACGUCAUUAGCUGUGCCUGCGUUGAUACCCACUGCAAGGAAUAUGAGACGGGGGACAAAAUAAGUAGCGAAGAUACUAACUAGUAGAACACUUCUAAGGAAGAGAGUGUCAAUUCAAACUAACAAAAGCAGAGAAUUGAUAGAUAUACAAGGCAGACUUGUAAUAAAUUCUUAGCAGUGAGCAAGAUUCAGGGAUAAUAUAAAUUGCACAAAAACAUUGUGAAAUACUGAAAUUAAACCUAAGCACCUUAAAAUGAGAAUGUAUCUAAAUAUCAGUAUGGUUACGCUGAGUCAGAACUGAAGCUUGCAAACUAGUUUACACCAAAUCUUUAAAUUAUCUUAAUGCCUAUUUCAUUUUAAUCUGUGUCUGAAAUGUUCAUUAUGUG